GCGCGUUCUUGGUGCCAGCUAUCCUGCCCGAAACCGAACUCAGUUUACCCACAAACCCUGAUCCCAUGUGGCACAUAUAACAGCCAUGGGACCGCAGGGCGAUUGCUUGCUUGAUCUGGAUCCCCACGAUAUUGUCAUUCAGCGCGAGAUCAGCCGAUCGGAAGCUUCGACUGUACUCGAAGUACGAGUUUGCGGGAAGACAGGCUUUAUGAAGCUGGGUAUAGCAGAAGAGGUCGAGACCUGAAUCGGUUCCGUUGCGAGCCGAAUGCGUAUCGUUAUCUUCUCAAAUUCGGCGUGUGUGACAGUUGGUUUUGUUCCGUUCUUUCACGGCUUCAUUGAUCGCAUCGAUCCGUCCGAUUUCAACCAACAGCUGAAUUACUUCAAGAAGGAUGAAUUUCUACCGAGGGCGAUUAUACUCGAGUACUUACCGGCAGCCGAAAGGCUCAAUUGCGUGAAUUAUUCUGAUGAUCUGUUUCGCUAUGCGGUUGAUGGGAUCAAACAGAUUCACAAAGCACUCAUCCCUCACCACGACAUCUAUCCAAAGAAUUUGCUUGUUGUGUCCGGCAGUAGAAUCGUAUGGAUUGAUUUUGAUGUUGCCAUGACAUUUCAAGAUAUGGACAUUCUUGAGAAAGCAUACUGUGAGUAUGAAGUCGAGCUUGUCGAGAGUUUCUGGAAGCUAAUGGUUCGUGUUUAUCUCCUUGCAAUAAGACCAGAUACUAACUGCCACAAUAUCCAGAAAAUUUACAGGGCCUACCCCCAAACACGCGUUUUUAUUGAGUGAGGCCCCCCGAAAAAUGGUUUAGCACGGUAAAAUAUCACAUGCAUACAUGAAUUUGAUAAAGUGCAAUUCAUGGCUGUCUUUCCACUGUUAAACCCAUAUGUCGAAAAUGGCCUUCAGCACUCUCCUUGCGAAAACUCCGUGAAGGCAUCGUGGAAGAAGAAGAACAUGAAAUCCUCCCCUUGAAACUCGUUCUGGACGUUGGCCAAGCUUUCUUUAUAAAACACUU